CACAACCUAACGUAAUCAACAACAACAAGAACACAAAACAAGACAAAACAAUGUCGUUGGUAACAGAAGAAAUCAAGUCGAAAUCAGAGGUUUACCAUGGAGACGAACUAGGGCAAGUGAAAUCCAAAGAGCUUCUUGCUGAGAUUUGUCUCCCCAAUGGUUUGUUACCAUUGAAAGACAUCAUUGAAGUUGGUUACAACAGAGAAACAGGUUUUGUUUGGUUGAAACAGAAGAAUAGCAUAACACACAAGUUUGAAAAGAUUGGAAAACCUGUUAUUUAUGCUACUGAAGUUACUGCUUAUGUUGAGAAAGGUAAGAUUAUGAAACUGAGUGGUGUUAAAACCAAAGAGCUUUUUAUUUGGGUUUCACUGAGUGAUAUUUAUGUUGAUGAUCCACCUACUGGGAAAAUCACUUUCAAAACACCUUCUGGACUUUCUAGAAGUUUCCCUGUUUCUGCUUUUGAAGUUGAAGAAAAUGUGAAAGAGGUUUAGUUUCAUGUAGUGGUUGGGUUCAUUGCUAGAAAAUUUCUAUUAAUAAGUUUAAGUUACUUUUCGUUUGGGCAGUUUCAAAGUUUAGUAGUGCUGUUGAGUAAUAAAUUUCCUCUAAUGUUAUCUUCCAAUAAAAUAUGAAAUGAAAUAAAAAAAUUGUGUUGUUUCUUUU